AUUAAAAAAUAUUUGGAAAUUAGGGUUGCUCGGCCUCGAGACUCCAAAAUUAAGCCAUUCAUGCCAUAUAUUCCAAAUAACCUGAAGUCAGGCAUUCAAGACAGAACGCAAUCAGAGCUGGAUAAUUUGGACCGCAAAAACCAGAAAACUAAAGCCAACAUAUCGCGCUCACGAUACGCAAAGCGAUGUCGGCAGACUGUAUCUCAGCAGGAGGAGCAAACACUGACGGAAUACAUCCAACACACAAGGAAAAGGAGUGUGGACGAAGUACGUUUGGAGGGUAUACUGCACUUGGGAAACGCCCGCUUCAUCAACAGAGAGGAAAUCAUCAACAAGGCAACAUGGAAAACCGCGACAUGUUCUCAUGUUUGGCUUGGGGGUGCAGUGAAAGACCUUAAGACGAAAGGUGUCCCUGUUCUUGUCCCAGCCAUUAUGCCGCACAACGUAGAAAAUGGGGAUGCAAUCCCACAAGCCACAGAAUUGGAAGUUUUCUUGCCCCCUGAUGGAUCAAAUCUCAAGGAUGGAAUGGAUGGCAAAAAAUACAAAUUCACUAUUACACCCAAAGGAAAUGAGCCAGACCACUUUUCCAAACCUCAAUGGGAUCCUUUCGCUGAAAGGAAAGUGGAACAUCCUACAUCAGACUGUGACACACUUACCCAUCUUCUUAAAGCAUCCCUUGGGACUGGUAUUUUAGCAAUGCCCAUUGCAUUUAUGAAUUCUGGACUGGCUGUCGGAGUAUUUGCUACUGUACUUGUGGCUAUCAUUUGCACUCACUGCUCCUACAUUUUGGUCAAAUGUGCUCAUGAACUGUACAGUCGCACCCGUGUGACUGCCAUGACAUUUGCUGAUGUUGGUGAAGUUGCAUUUGCCAAUGGUCCAUCUUGGGGGCGUGGAUAUGCUCCUACAGUAAGGACAACUAUUUUGGCAAGCCUCUUCUUGACAUACUUUGGUACAUGCAGUGUCUACACUGUAAUCAUUGCAACCAAUUUGCAACAGGUAUUUGUGACUUACUUCCCAACAUAUGACGUGGAUGUGCGAGUGUAUUUGGCUCUCUUACUGGUGCCACUAGUGCUUAUUGGCUGGGUUCCAAAUCUGAAAUAUUUAGCGCCAGUAUCCAUGAUCGCAAAUUUAUUCAUGGGAAUUGGUCUGUCUAUCACUAUAUAUUACCUUGUAACCGAUAUACCCUCAAUAUCUGAACGUAAUCAAUAUGGACCAAUUAUGCAGAUGCCAAUGUUCUUCUCCAUUGUGAUCUUUGCCAUGGAAGCAAUUGGAGUGGUAAUGCCAUUGGAAAAUAACAUGCGUAAUCCUCGCCAUUUUCUUGGUCUAUGUGGAGUGCUGAACCAGGGCAUGGCUGGUGUUACUCUUAUUUACAUCUUGGUGGGUUUCUUGGGAUACCUCAAGUAUGGUGAUAAAACCGAGGCUAGCAUAACAUUGAAUCUUCCAAUGGAUGAAAUUGCUGCUCAGUCGGUGAAAGUGUUGAUAGCAUUAGCUGUAUAUUGCACAUAUGGGUUGCAGUAUUAUGUGUGCCUUGAAAUUGCUGUAAAUGCUGUGAAGGAAUAUCCCACAAAACAUAGAUUGCUCAGAGAAUAUGCCAUUAGAACAAGUCUCGUUGUAGCAACAGUAAUUCUGGCAAUAGCAGUUCCAACUAUUGCACCUUUCAUUGCCCUCAUUGGUGCCUUGUGCUUCUCCAUCCUUGGAUUAAUUGUACCUGCUUUGAUUGAAGUGGUUACUUUCUGGGAACAUGGUAUGGGCCCGGGUCGCUGGCGACUCUGGAAGAAUAUUUUGCUUUGUGUUUUUGGUCUAAUUGCAUUAGGAUCUGGCACAUACACCAGUAUUUUGGAGAUUAUUGCUGUGUAUGCUACUCCAGCUCCAGUGUACACAAAUGGAAAUUCAACAACAGAAAGUUUAGGUUUCGACAUGACAACAAUCACUUCUGUCAAUUCCACAUUUGUUAAUGAAACUUUAACUUAAAAUUGAGAUUUUUUAGGAAUGCCUUUAUCUGUUUACAUAAAGAAUAUUCCACCAUUGUGCAAUGUACUUAUAUUUAUAUUGGUCUUGUAGAAAUGGUGGAAAUGUUUUUAAAAGUUUUACAGUUGGAGGUUGAGCUUAGUUUUUAACGUUUUUCUGUGAAGCUAAAUCUUCACCAUUUCUGUGGUGAUGAUAUGCAUUUGAAAAUUAAAUUAUUGUCUUCAGACAGCUUAAAGAAUCUCAAGCCCUUUGUUAGCGUCUUGUGUGAAUUGCCAGUGUGUUAUUACUUUGGGUAAGAGUGAUCGACUAUUUGUUUGUUUGUUUUUGUAUUGUUAGAAAAUGGCAAUGCACUUAUGUGAUUAGAUCCUGUGGAUCCAUUUGUCUGUCCAUGACUAUGGGAGUGCAUUUUCAUUAAAUAGAGCAUUUUAAAAUGUAUUUAACAAUAUAAAUUAUUGUUAUAACUUAUUUUAUCAUUGGUAGUGUGUGAGAAGUUAUUGGCAAUUAUUUCAGUUGUUUCAGUUAGGUAAUCAAAAAUUGUGCCUUUCACAUUUACCUGCCUCAGGGGCCAAGGGAAUUAUUAUAUGAAAUUUAAGUUUUGUAUUUAUUACUAGAUAAUUAUUGUCUGGUAUAUUUUAGGGUAUCUAUUAGCAUUAUAAACAAAUAUUCACUGUUAAAUGAAGUAAAAUUAAUAAACUUUUUUUGUUACAAAUUCCUCUGUGUCACAAGAUUGCACUAAUUCAGUUUUAUACCAGCUAUUACUGUAAUGUUUCAUGCUGUGUUAGAAAUCUAAUAGAGGCAAUAGUGUUAUUCAUAUUUGCAUGAUUUAAAGAAAACUUUGUCUCCGUAUGAAUUGAUAGGAAUGUACAAUCCAAUUAUAUUUGAAAGAUGUUUUGGUGAAGUAAAACUUACACAUUCGAAAUUCAAAACCAUGCAAAUAAAAUUAUUGGAUAUUUGAUUUUACCAGUUUGAAUGACAUUCCUGCCCUAGUGGAUUCUUGCCAUUAUUAUAUAUACAGUGUUUUUGGCAUAUUAAAGAUAAUAGUACUGGUAUGUGCUAAUCUGAAUUUGAUUAUAAUGGAUAGAAAUUUGUAAAAUGUAUUUAUAAUUAUAAUAAUUUGAUUAUUAUUUCUCACACAGUGAGCCCAAUUUUUAGUCUCCUUAAUUUUUGUUUCUAUUACUGUAGUAUUAUUUUAAUGAAGGAAUCCAUAACAUUACUGAAUAGUACAGGACUUGAAUACUAUGUAGUUUGAUGCACAUUCAGUGUGUUAUGAAGCUUUGAAACUGCUGAUAUUUAAAUUGAGAUGAAUGGAGCCUUUGCCAAAUCUGUAGUGGAAGACAAAAUACAAACACUGUGAUGAAUAUCGAAUUGUAAAUAAUGGAAAACUUUUUGAGUUUUGGAUAUUUUUUUUAUAUGAAUUUCACUUCUUGGUUCCAGGCUUGAGUGAUCAUUGAAUGAAUUGUUUCCGAAAAGAAUGUACAUCAAUGUUUCUCAGUGCUUUUUACAUAAAAGAAAUGUUUCACAAAUUGUUGUUGUUCACUCUUUUUUCUGAUACCUAUUGAACAUUUCCCCAAUUUUUUUUUUUUUUUUUUUAAGUAAAAUAUCUUAAUUUUAUCUUUCAUAACAUUCAUUGAGGGGUAAAUAAUGGUAUUCAGCAUUUUGGAGGAACAGUAAUCCAAAAUGUCCGUUACUGUUAUUUACAUCAGACUCCUCAAUUAACAUGUUCUACCUGUGCUGUUGUAUAAACCAGAGUGGAGGUCCUUUUUUUCUUCUUUUUGUUUGUUUCCUUCUUGCUUUUCUCAUUUCUUUCUUUUUCUCCUUCGUCUUCUUCUUCCUCCUCUUCUUAUUCAUACUCUUCCCGUUCUUCUUCUUCCUCCUCUACUUCUUCCUCUUCU